CGAUUCUGAUCCGUCGAAGUGGACAUGGUUGAUGGCAUAUUGGCAUAUGGUGAAUUUAUAAACUUUGUGUAUAAAUUGUAUGUCCUGUUUAAGCCAUCCAUGCUCAUCACAUAUUAAUGCUCCUCCAUUUUUUAUCAGCUUGAGUUUCAAUUCAACCUGGAAGGCUUAAAGCCAAUGGCUGCUACAUGUUAGUGAUGUAACAGGCUUUUGUUUGCCAAGAAAAAAGUUACCUGCUCCACCCCUUUAUCCUGAAAGAAUCUCAGCUCAAUUGAAUCCACAAACCUCUGCUUUCAGAAUGCUUUGGUCGCCUACAAAGGUUCUGGUUGGCUUUUCAACUAAGCAAACUUGUAAGAAAGAUUCUUGUCGGAUAAUGAUUCGAUUAAACAGAGAUAUAGUUUAUGUUUAUCAGAUGCUCAAAUGAAAAGAUUCAGUUUCUUAUUAUCCCUUUUGGCGUACUUGCUUUAUGGUGAAAAGCUCUCAGGAAUUUCGCUUUCGUCUGAGGGAGUUGUAUACCAAAAACUUAAGCCAAUGGAUGGUCAUCCUCUUCCCAUCAUCAUCCUCUUGAUCACUCUCUUCAUCACUCCCUUGCACAAUUCAGCCCCAGACACAGCAUGCCGGUCCACAUGUGGCUCUAUUCAGGUCAAGUACCCUUUUGGCACCGGCUACGGCUGCGGCUCGCCCCGAUUUCAACCCUAUGUAACCUGCAAUUCCGAUCAGCUCAUGCUAACAACCCACACAGGCUCUUAUCUCAUCACCUCUGUGUCUUACAAAGAUUCAACAGUUACCACCACCACACCCUACAUGUCAACGUGCAACUCCAUGCAACCAUCACCCAACUUGGGCCUUGACUGGACUAGCCCUUUCCAGCUAGGUCCAUCAAUUUUCCUCCUCCUUUCAUGCACUCCCCCUACGUCCUCCCUCACCAUCAAGGGCUCUCCUGUUUGUGAUCCUUCCUCCUCCUACCUCUGCGCCUCUAUCUACACUUGUCCCUCCGUCGUCAGCCUCGGCCUCCCACUCUUCCCGCCUACCAACACCUGCUGCGUGUACUCGCCGGCGAAUUUUAACAGCAAAGGUGAGUUGGACUUACGUGCAAUGAAAUGCAUAGGGUAUGCAUCGAUUGCCUCCUUUCAGGAUUCUCCAACGGACCCUAGUAAAUGGCAGUAUGGGGUGAAAUUGAAGUACACAAAUGGAGCGUUUGAUGAUUAUGACAUGAACAACAAAUGCAAUACUUGUGAGGAUAGUGGUGGUGUUUGUGGAUAUUCUCCUCCUAGUAAUUCAUUUGUAUGUACAUGUAACAAUGGUUUCAAUACAAGUACAGAUUGCCACAAUAACUACAAUCCUAUUCAGGAUUAUGAGGAUCUUAUUGGGAGUUCCACAUCAUUAACAACCUGGAAGAUUUGGCUGGGACUCUUGGCUGAUCUGAUUUUCUGUAUUGCUGCUUGAAAGAGAGGAAGAAGGGCCAUGGCCCAUGGGGAGAG